GGCAAUUUCAUUUAAUGCCGUUAAUUAUUCAAGCUUCAAAAGAAUGUUGGACUUGGUUGGCCAAUAUGGCAUAGGUCUAAAAGGACCUAGUUAUCAUGAGGUGCAGGUUCCUUUUCUAAAAAAAGGUUGAUAGUGUGACAAAUGAUUACAUUAAGUCGUGUGAAACAGAAUAGGCCAAGUAUGGUUGUAGUUUGAUGGCAGAUGGGUGGACAGACAAAAGGCAGAGAACAUUGAUUAAUUUUUUAGUGAAUUCUCCUAAAGGUUCAAUUUUCAUCAAAUCAGUUGAUGCUUCUGAUUAUGCAAAGACUGGAGAGAAAAUAUUUCAGUUGCUUGAUCGAUUUGUGGAGCGUGUAGGAGAAGUAAAUGUUGUUCAAGUUGUUACAGAUAGUGCAAGUAACAAUGUGCUUGCUGGAAAAUUAUUAGAAGCAAAAAGGCCACACUUGUAUUGGACUCCUUGUGUUGCUCACUGCGUUGACUUGAUCUUAGAAGAUAUAGGGAAAUUGCCUGAUUUUAAAGCAACAUUGAAGAAGGCAAUGAGUGUGAAUGCUUACAUUUAUGUUCGCCCCGGCAUGGUAAAUAUGUUGAGGCAAUUCACAAGACAAAAAGAGCUUUGUCGGGCAGGUGUCACAAGAUUUGCUACAGCUUUUCUUACUCUUGAAAGGAUGCACCUACAGAAGUAAAAUUUAAGAAAAAUGUUCAUUUCAAAAGAUUGGAUAGAGAGUAAAUGGGAAAAAGAAGCGGCGGGGAAGAAGGUAGCUAAAAUUAUCAUGACACUUAGAUUUUGGAGUAGUAUUGUGCAUAUUUUAAAUAUAUAUGGCCCUUUAGUUCGUGUUCUGAGACUGGUUGAUGGCGAAAGAAAACUUGCAAUGGGCUAUGUUUAUGAGGCUAUGGAUAGGGCAAAAGAAACAAUUAUGAAGGCCUUCAAGGAGAAAGAAGAGAAAUACAAAGAAGUGUUUGAGAUCAUUGAUGCGAGAUGGGAAUGUCAACUUCAUCGACCUCUGCAUACUGCAGGACAUUAUUUGAAUCCAGAAUAUUUUUAUUCAUACACAGAUUCAAAUAUCUGUGGAGAAGUGGUGAAUGGUUUGUUUGAAACUAUGGAGAGAUUGGUUUCAAGCGCUGCCAAGCAAGAUAAAAUCACUACCCAGCUCUCUAUAUAUCGAAAGGCAGAAGGGCUAUUUGGGAGGAAUGUAGCAAUUAGACAUAGAAGAAUAUUAUCUCCAGCAGAAUGGUGGGAAUGCUAUGGAGCAAAUACCCCAGAAUUGCAAAAAUUUACUAUUAAAGUGCUUAGCCUCACUUGUAGUGCUUCUGGUUGUGAGCGCAAUUGGAGUGUAUUUGAGCAGGUAUGUAAUAAAUAUAAAUGUUUGAUACUAUUAGUAUGCUACUUUUAUAAGUAGAAAAUAUUCUUUGAUAUUUUAUUAUACUUAUUGUGAUUUUUGACAUUUUGUUGAUUCACAGCAAAAAAAGAAAUAGGCUAGCUCAGUAACGCUUAAAUGAUUUGGUAUUUGUGAAAUACAAUCGUGCCUUAAAGCUUCGGUACGAUGCACGUGAUAAGAUUGACCCCAUCUCUUUGACAGAUAUUGAUGAUAGUAAUGAAUGGUUGAUGGGUAGAAUGGAUGGAGAAAGUGAUAAUGAAGAAGAUGAGUUGGUUUUUGAAGGUGAUGACUUGACAUGGGAUGUCGUUGCUAGGGCUAGUGGAGCUGAAGAGCCUAAAUAUUGUACUAGAGGAAAAAAUAUUACAUCCAUGACCUCUAGUUCACAUGCUAGGCCUAAACAAGUCGAGAAGGGAAAUGCAUCUUCCUCUAUGAGACACUCAUCUCUAAGACUUAGAGAUGAAGAAGAAGAAGAAGAAAUUGAAUUUGAAGAAGAUGAAGAUAACGAAGAAGAGGAAUACAAUGAGGAUGAUCUUGAGCUUGAUGAUUAAUUUGACUUAUUACACUUGUUUUGAUGGACUUUGUUAGUUUAAAUUAGAAAGUUGAAACUUGAAAGUUUGAAACUUUUAUUAAUUUUAUCAUGGUGUUGUUUUACUUGUUAUAUUUGAUAUUGAUGUGUGUGGAAUAUUAAUAGUUAUCAUAUUUAACAUAGUAUAUGAGUGUGGCAAAAGGUUAGUAGUCAUCAACCUCAUGUUCAAGAGGCGCGCGCCUCGGGCGCGCCUCGCGCCUCGGGCGAGCGGUGCGCUUCGCGCCUCUAACAACACUGGAUGAAAGGCUAAAUGACACUGUUAGAAGUUCAUACUAUGUUGCUCCUGAAGGCCUACAUAGAUCAUACAACACUGAAGCAGAUAUGUGGAGCAUCGGUGCCAUAACUUACAUUGUACUAUGUGGAAGUAAGAUUUUGUGAAGAGGUUUUUGAACAAGGAUUACAGGAAAAGGAUGAUAGCUGUUCAGGUUUUAAGUAAGUUGUUAAACUGUUGUUUACUCAAAUUUCAUGUUAUCAAUUAUAAAAAUACAUGAGAUUCAUGAAAUUACUAGAUGAUAUUUAAAUCUUCUAUUCUCUAAAUUAUUUAAACGACUUUUUUACUAGAUAUUUUUGUGAUGCUUUUCAUUUGAUAGCAAAUAUACGUUUCUUUUGUUAGCAUUUCGAGCCGCAAAACUCAUUUUUUGUGUUGCGGAAACCCCGAAACUAGCCACGGAUCCAUGCGAAAAUAUAUAAAAUAAUCUUGUACAUGUUUGUCUACACUAGAU